ACACAACGCUGAGCUAUGGCUGGAGACAAGGACAUUUUUCUAAGAGCGAAACACCGAACGUAUGAAGGUUUAACGGAAGGUUUAUGAAAAAAAAAACCUGCGCUGCAUCAUGACACACCUGCUGCGCUGAUUCAGUUACAGGUUGCCGGAUGAGGAGAAAGAAUGGAGUGGGCCAUUUUGCUUCAUUCAGGCGGCUGACCCACAGCUGGGUCUGAUGAAGGCUUGGAGGAUGGGAGACUGUGAUAAAGGAGGAGAUGAGUGGGCAGAAGAGGUGCAACUCACCAAGCAGGCUGUCGAGGCCAUCAACAAACUGCAUCCUCGGCCCCGUUUUGUUGUUCUCUGUGGGGAUCUGAUCCAUGCCAUGCCAGGUUGCCAAUUCAGAGAGGAGCAGGAGAGGGACCUGAAGGAUGUUCUGCGGGCCACCGAUCCGGACAUUCCACUUGUGUUUGUCAGCGGUAACCAUGACCUGGGCAACACUCCCACUCCAGAUACAGUAGAGCAGUAUUGCCGUGCUUGGGGCGAUGACUACUUCAGUUUCUGGGUGGGUGGAAUGUUGUGUCUGGUAUUGAACUCCCAGCUGUUCUUUGACGCAUCAGGCUGCCCUCAGCUGGAGGACGCUCAUGAGGCCUGGCUGGAGGAACAGCUACAGAAAGCAGCUAAAAGCUCAGCACGACACGUCAUUAUCUUCCAGCACAUCCCACUCUACCUGAGUCGUCCAGACGAGGAGGAUGAUUACUUCAAUCUCCAGAGAGCCAAGAGGGAGGACCUGAUUCGUAGAUUCUGCCAAGCAGGUGUCAAAGCCGUGUUCUCAGGUCACUACCAUCGCAAUGCAGGCGGCUGCCAUGCAGGACUGGACAUGGUGGUGAGCUCGGCUAUCGGCUGCCAGCUGGGCGAAGACACGCAUGGGGUCCGGGUGGUGGUCGUGACCGCUGAUAAGAUCAUCCAUCGCUACCACACUCUGUUCCAGCUGAGUGAGAAGGGCAUGGAUGAAGAUCUAAAGAAACUCUUAUCUUAAAUGAAAGUUGCAGGCAGACUUUUUGACCUUUGUUGGGUCCCUUUUGACUUUUUUAGUUCUUUUUUUAUUUUUUAUUUUUUUGGAUCUAAGCAGGGCUUUGAACCGGUUCAAGGAACGAAAACGAAAACCGGGAACUUUUUCUAUUUCACAUGGAACAGAAACGAAACCAGAAACUUUAUUAUUUUUUAUGUUCCGGAACAGAAACGCUUAUUAAAAAUAAUGGUAACCGGUUAAUACCGGUUUUUAUUUCGUUCCUCAAAGUUUCCGUAGCCUACAAAUAAAAGUCAUUCUUCUCCUGCGCAAGUUUCUAUGACCCGCUGGGGUUCACUUCCUGUGUGACGUUCGCUGACUGACUGGAGAGCAGGAGGGUGGACUACUAUCACGUCUCCACAUCUUAAAUAAGAGGUAAAUAUUGCAGUCUAUCGUUAUUCAAAAACGUCAGUUUAUUUGUCCACGUUAAUGAGAGGCUCGCGAACAUUAAAUGACGUUAACCUCUGUUAGCCUAUCAAUGCAUAGGGCCUGACUAGCCUUUGGUAACACACUAAACGAAUUAUCUUUCAUUUUUGGCACUUUUUCUGUUUGUGUAGAUAGGAAGACAUACUGAGAAUCCAAAUCGCCAACAUUUGAAAUAAUUGUUUUGAAUUAUUUCUUGUCUUAUUUAAUGAAGGUUGUAAUAGAAUUAGCCUACAUUUGGCUUAAGCUGGAUGAGACAGAGACACAAUUUUAUAGCCAUUUGUUAAACAGCUGACAGGGAACAUAAUUAACCGUUCCGGGAACGAAAUUUUUUUUGUUCUAACCGGUUCGGGAACGUCUAUUUAAUGGUGGAACCCAAAACCGGAAACGUUAAAAUUCCAUUUCUGUUUGGAACAAACCAAUAGGAAAAAAAUUCUGGUUCAAAGCCCUGGUUCUAAGUCAGUAGAAAAGAACGUUCUGCUUUCAAUUGGUAACGCCUGUGAACAAAAGCAGCCGUUUUGUGUCAGUAUCCAGUCCAUGUAUGUGUAUCCAGUAUCCAGAAGGCAUUUGAAUAAUAAGCUUCUGCACACUGCAGGAUGAUAAGGCACCGGGGAAAAAAAAUCACCGUAUCUUAAGGUGUCGUCAGAGUGCUGCUUCCAUUCGGUAUUUCAAAUUCCGUAAUUGCUAUAAUGUUUUGAUCUUUCCUGUCAGAAAUAAGAGGUUUGCGGAUGUAAUUUUAAGCAUUAGCAAUAUAACAGGGUCUCUUUUCAUCUUCCAUACCUUAAUCAAACACCUUGACAUAUAAAUCAGGCAAAUGUACUGGAGAAUCCCCUACUCCUUUAAACCCGUAUAACCUCAUUACACUAAUAAGCAAGGGGAAGUAGUGUUUUCAGCUGGUCGUUUGGUGAUUUUAUCCUGUGUGUCCAUGCUCUCCCAACUCCAAGAGGUGAGAAGAGAUGAUCUCCAUGGCAACUAUUGAAAGACCUGACAGUUAAGAGUGUAAUUUAGAGAGAUUCAUUGUCAUCAGAAACCAAUACUGAUUUCUAUCUCGCACUUUUAUGAUUUUAUCCUUCAGGUUCAGAAUCCACUUUGAUGAUUUGAUGCAAGGGGGGAAAAAAACGCCGAAGUCUUUGUUGAGCCAGGAAGUGCGUACUCAUUUAGCGCCGUCUCACUUUGUAAUGUACAAACCAACCCUGCCAGAGUUGAAGGGGAACAUAGUGAUUGGUCAAUGCACUGAAUUGCCCUAGGCCUUUUUUUUUUUGGUCAUGUUUUGUUUAAAAUACACAAUGUGUAGUAAUACCAAUCAUUAGCCAUUUCUUUGGGGAUUCUCUUGUUAGUGGAUGUGUGCAUAAUCACAGGAUUGUAAAUAAGAGUUAAGGGGAAGAGCACAGGGAAUAGUAUAACAAUGUGUUCUUUCAUCUUUUUACUGUGUUGACCUAAAUAAUCUCUGUAAAAAGAUGUUUAAAACAGUGUAGGCUAUUUUUCAUAUCCUUUAAUGAAACUGAGCCAAGAACAACAGGUCAUACUGUAAAAUAUUAUGUAUAAUUUUUUAAGAUUCUUUUUGAUAUGUAAUUAAAAUGGAUAAAUUUGA